GCGCGAUAUAUUCAUUAAGGCGAUAUCAAAUUGGUGGAGCUGUCGUUAAAAGCGCCACCGCCGAUCCAUACCACAACCUUGGUUGAUCCGUCCGUCAUACCCAUGCCUUCCCCAAACCCCUCCAGAGUUCAACUACAACUCUCCUCCAAAACCUCCAAACGUCCAUAGACAACCACAACAACAUCCCCAACGGCAUGGCCAUACACGCGCACUCCCCAUAACGCAUCUCCCAUCCCAAUUCCCCCAUACCACCACAACAAUGGCCCGCCGAUCCCUCGGCACCCUCCUCGCCCGCCACCUCCCAUUCUCCCCCACCACCACCCCCCUCCAAGCGAUAACCUACCUCCUCUUCGUCUCCCUCUCCUCCAUCGCCUUCCUGGUCUUCCUCAACGCUGCGCUCUCCUUCGUCAUCACCGCGCGCCUCGGCGUUGUCGAGGGCGUCGGGAAUCUCGUCGGCACGCUCGGAUUCGUGGAUGAGCUGGUCGCGAUCGUGGCGUGUCCGCUGGCGGGGGCGCUUUCGGAUCGCGUGGGCGUGAGGUGGGUUUGUGUGGUUGGGUUUGGGGGGGUGGCGGGGGGGUUGGUGGCGGUUGUUAGUGUGGGGAGUGUGGUGCCAGGGUUGGUGGCGGCGAGGGUGUUGUUUAGUCUUGGGGGGGCGGCGACGGCGACAAUGGUAACGGCGAUCUUGCCGGCUGUUACCGGCGUGGAGAGGCCGAGGGGAGAGAGGAGAGAAGCUCCUCCAACUAUCACCACUACGGAUACAAACGAUACCACCACCGCCACACCCCUCCUCUCACCCCCUCCCACCCCCAUUACCCCUCUAUCCAGAGCCUCCCGCGCCUCCACACCCCCGCGGAUGGCAGGUCUCGUAGGCCUUUUCACUGGGCUCGGCGCUCUCCUCGCACUAACCCUCUUUCUCCCCCUCCCCGCCCAAUUCGCCUCCUUCAAAGGAAUCACCCAAUCUGCAGCCGUUGCCUACGCCUUUUACACCGUGGCUACUGUUGCCGUUCUCGUCGCGGGCGCCUGUUUCAUUGGCCUGCGCGGAAUCCGCGGCGAUGAUGGGAAGGGGUGGCAUAGCUUGUUUGGUCGCGCAUCCACUAACACGACUGAUGCCUCGCCCGUUGCACCACCGCAGCCUUAUCACCGCCUCCUACUCUCCGCUGCUGGAUUGGCGUUCACCUCUCCCCCGCUCCGUCUCGCGUACCUGGGUGGAUUUGUCGCAAGGGCGUCCUCGGUCGCGAUAUCCCUCUUCAUCCCGUUAUCUAUAAACGCGUUUUUCAUGCGUCACGGCUUCUGUCGCGGCGCGCCUAACGAUACAACGCCAGAACUAAAGGACGAGUGUCGUGCCGCGUACGUGCUCGCCGCGCAACUAACCGGCGCCUCGCAGCUCGUCGCCUUGCUGUGCGCGCCGCUGUUUGGGAUACUGUCAGAUAGGUAUAGACGGUUCAAUGCCCCGCUUGUUGGCGCAGCGGCGGCGGGGGUGGUGGGCUUCGUAGCGUUUGCGCGGCUCGAGAGUCCAGAGAUUGGGAAUGUGGAAGGACGGGGUGGGAGCGCGUGGGUGUUUUUGAUCGUGGCGCUCAUUGGGAUUAGCCAAAUCGGCGCGAUUGUGUGUAGUCUAGGGCUGCUGGGGAGAGGUGUACAGGGUGAGGAUGGGGGGUACACACUAUCUUCGCAACUAGGGGAUGAGUAUCGUGCCCGGAGUAGAGAGGGAGGAGGAGAUGAUGUGGAGGCGGCAGAUGGGGAGGAAGAAAAGGGAAUGAGCCAUUUGAAAGGCUCGAUUGCGGGGGUCUAUUCGCUUUCUGGUGCAGCAGCGAUCCUACUGCUAACGAAGCUGGGGGGGUACCUGUUUGAUGAGGUGGCGGCAGGGGCGCCGUUUUAUAUGAUGGCAGCAUUUAAUGGAGUUUUAUUAGUUGUGGGGGUGGUGACGGCGGCUCAUGGAGAGCUGACGAGGGCGAGGAAGAGGAGGGGGGUUGCGUUAGAUUGAGUUUGGGUAGUGAUAUAAUGGAAUUAAGUCCUUUGUUAAUUUAUUUACUAUAUAAGUCUGACUAUUUCCCCUUCUCUGCUAUUCUAUUCAUCAGCCUAUUCUUCGUUAUUCUACUCGACUUUGGAUCACGACCUUAACAAAAUUUUAUUUUCCUCUAUUUUUGAUCAAAAUGAAGUGUUUCUAUACUAUUUUCCUCUCUACCCUCUACUGUUCGGCGGAUCGUAUCCGGAUCUGAUCCGUAGCUGUCUGUAACGCGUAAGCCCAAGGUCUCACAGGAGUCCAGGGAACCAGGUCAAGAGGCAGGAAAGGGGUAUCGUAUUCAUAAGGACAAUAGGUCUACGUCGUACAGCGACUAUUGACUGGAGGCCUUCUUCCGAGGCCUCCAACCCCUUUUAUCUAUGCACCUUGUGCCCUACAGCCAGACUGUCGGGCUCUGGUUCUUGAAUGCUGUGAAGGCCGGUUGCAUCUGGCUCGUCUUUUUCGGCGUCCGUGGCGAUUUCCACACCGGUUCAACUGUCCCCCGAUUUGGAUCUCCUGAUUUCGCCAAUGCCAUCAACAAGUCCUUCGUCUCUUUUCAGUUUCUGCCCAGAUGACGAAAUCGUGGUGCUGCUCGUACUGAUUCCUAAACCCAUCAGGUGACCCUUGCUGCUUCUAGAUCUUCCCCGGAGACUUCGUGUUCUCGAGAGAGCUCGGCUAGACCCUGCACCACUAUCAACCCAGGAGGCUUUGCUCGAUAACUUCCAUGGUACGCCAAAUUUCAUGCCUCUUCGUAGAUAUGAAAUAGUGUCCGGAUGCCCAUCAAUACUUAUUUGCUCGUGAUGAACCCAUUCGGCAAUGCCUUUGACUCCUCUUUCUUUGGCCAACUUUAACAAAUCUCCC